UCGCAAUGCGAAUCUCCUGAUCUUCGUACGCCGCCACUCCCCGCACAAGCUACUCGCUCCUCCUCAACGCCACCGCCACCAUGGCCGCCGCCGCCGCCGCGGCCGAUGUGUCCUCGCCUUUGUUCUCGUCUUCCAGUUGCCACCGUCAUCUCUCUAGCAAGGCCAGAGCUCGAGGAGCGGAGACAUUAACUACAUCCCCCCUUUUCCGGAACCCUAAUGUCCCCUUUCUCGCCCUCCGCCACCGCCAUCCAGGGGUUGUGAUCUCGUGCUCCACGACGGCUGGUGGAAGCGGGGAAAACCACCAGCAGCUCAAGAUCCGGCGACCGGCGGACGAGAACAUCCGCGAGGAGGCUCAUCGUCGCGGUGAGGCGAGCGGCUCGCAGGGCUUCUCCGCUUGCUACGUGCCCUUCAACGCCCCUGCUGACUCUACCGAAACCUACUCCCUCGACGACGUGGUGUACCGCAGUCGCUCCGGCGGCCUCCUAGACGUUCGACAUGAUCUCUCGGCUCUAAAGCGCUUCCCGGGCUCCUACUGGCGUGACCUCUUCGAUUCUCGCGUCGGCCGCACCACCUGGCCGUAUGGGUCCGGGGUCUGGUCCAAGAAGGAAUUCGUCCUCCCCGAGAUCGAUCCGGACCACAUUGUCUCCCUCUUCGAGGGAAACUCCAACCUCUUCUGGGCAGAGCGCCUCGGCUGCGAUCACCUCGGCGGCAUGCCAGAUCUCUGGGUCAAACAUUGUGGCAUAUCCCACACGGGCUCCUUCAAGGACCUCGGCAUGACUGUCCUUGUCAGCCAGGUUAAUCGCCUUCGCCGCGAUCCCCUCAACCGCCCGAUUGCCGGCGUCGGGUGCGCUUCCACUGGAGACACGUCUGCUGCCCUGUCAGCCUACUGCGCUGCCGCUAGGAUCCCCUCCAUUGUCUUCCUCCCCGCGGAUCGUAUAUCUCUCGCCCAGCUGGUCCAGCCGAUUGCCAAUGGCGCCACAGUGCUCUCCAUCGACACUGAUUUUGAUGGUUGCAUGCGCCUUAUCCGCGAGGUCACGGCCGAGCUUCCCAUCUACCUCGCUAACUCUCUCAACUCCCUCCGCCUCGAGGGCCAGAAAACCGCUGCCAUUGAGAUCCUGCAACAGUUCGACUGGGAGGUGCCUGACUGGGUCAUCGUCCCAGGAGGCAAUCUGGGCAACAUCUACGCCUUUUACAAAGGUUUCGAGAUGUGUCGGGAGCUUGAAUUGGUCGACCGUGUGCCACGCCUUGUCUGCGCUCAGGCAGCCAACGCCAACCCUCUCUACCUGCAUUAUAAAUCAGGGUGGGCUGACUUCAAGCCGGUAAUCGCCGAAGACACAUUUGCAUCCGCCAUCCAAAUUGGCGACCCAGUCUCAAUUGACCGUGCAGUUUUUGCCCUUGAGGCAACGGAUGGUAUUGUUGAGGAGGCAACUGAGGAGGAGCUUAUGGACGCCAUGUCUCUAGCUGACCGCACUGGCAUGUUUGCCUGCCCUCACACCGGGGUCGCUCUCGCUGCAUUGUUCAAGCUGAGGGAGAGGGGAGUGAUUGGGACCAAUGACCGCACCAUAGUAGUUAGCACUGCUCACGGCCUCAAAUUCGCACAAUCUAAAGUUGAAUACCACUCCAAGGAGAUAUCAGAUAUGGCUUGCCGGUAUGCGAAUCCUCCUGUAAACGUGAAGGCUAAUUUUGGUUCCGUCAUGGAUGUCUUGAAGAAGAAGCUCGAUGUUAAGGUUGGGCUUUGAACAAUGUUUCCUCAGAUAAAAGGUGUUGGAGAUGGACUGCCUGAGUAGUGAUCUGAUGACCUUUUCUCCCUAAGUUAUGCUUGCUUAGAUGAAAUGUGGGUUUUUGUUUCUUCAACUAUGAAAUAAGGUAAUAUUAAUUUCGAGCAGGAAAUUAACUGAGACAAUGGCAUCAGCAGGCAAAACACUUCAUCAGCAGUGCAUUGAGAUUUCUCUCCAACCUAUUUAUGUAAACUGUUUUUUUUCUCCUUAUAAAAUAGUUCAUACA